AUGGUUGAUUUAGAAAGCGAAGUUCCCCCUCUCCCUCCUCGCUACAGAUUUAGGGAUUUGCUACUUGGUGACCAGGGAUGGCAAAACGACGACAGGGUGCAAGUUGAAUUCUAUGUCAAUGAAAACACCUUCAAGGAGAGGCUCAAACUGUUUUUCAUCAAAAACCAAAGAUCAAGUCUUAGAAUUCGUGUGUUUCACUUUUCUCUCAAGAUAUUAAGCUGCCUUCUGUAUAUUUGCCGGGUGUACAAUGAUGAGACUGGAACAGAACACAAGUGUUGGGGAUGUCAACAACAGAACUAUACGUUAUUUAUGAUUGACUGGUCUCCUAUAAUUUGGGUUGAAAGAAGCCUUGUCAUAUGGAUAUUACAGGUUUCAGUAGCGUUGAUCAGCCUUGCUGAGACCAUCCUGCUGACUUAUCUGAGUUACAAGGGAAACAUUUGGGAUCAAGUGCUUCGCAUGCCAUUCUUCCUGGAGAUGAUCAACUCAGUACCCUUUCUGUUCACGAUUAUGUGGAAUCCUUUACGAAACCUCUUCAUCCCUGUAUUUCUUAACUGCUGGCUGGCCAAACAUGCCUUCGAGAAUAUGAUAAACGACCUUCAUCGAGCCAUUCAACGGACACAGUCUGCAAUGUUCAAUCAGGUCCUCAUUUUGAUCUCCACCAUGCUCUGUCUGAUAUUCAGUGGUAUCUGCGGGAUUCAGCACUUGGAGCGGGCAGGAGACAAGCUGAGCCUUUUCGACUCUCUAUACUUCUGCAUCGUGACCUUCUCCACCGUGGGUUUCGGUGAUGUCACGCCUAACAUCUGGCCCUCCAAGCUGCUGGUUGUCAUCAUGAUCUGUGUUGCCCUGGUCGCGCUGCCAAUCCAAUUUGAGCAGCUGGCUUACAUUUGGAUGGAACGACAGAAGUCUGGAGGGAACUACAGUCGACACAGAGCAGAGACAGAGAGACACGUGGUCUUGUGUGUCAGCUCCCUGAAAAUCGACCUACUCAUGGACUUCCUCAAUGAGUUCUACGCUCACCCAAGACUGCAGGACUACUACGUCAUCAUCCUGUGUCCUACCGAAAUGGACGCCCAGGUGCGGAGGGUCCUGCAGAUCCCACUGUGGUCCCAGAGGGUCAUUUAUCUCCAAGGGUCGGCACUGAAGGACCAGGAUCUGCUCAGGGCCAAGCUGGACAAUGCUGAGGGCUGCUUCAUCUUGAGCAGUCGUUAUGAAGUGGAUCGCACAGCUGCGGAUCACCAGACAAUUUUAAGAGCAUGGGCAGUGAAGGACUUUGCUCCGAAUUGCCCGCUGUAUGUCCAGAUUCUCAAGCCAGAAAACAAAUUUCAUGUGAAGUUUGCAGAUCACGUUGUGUGCGAGGAGGAGUUCAAGUACGCCAUGCUAGCCCUGAACUGUGUGUGCCCUGCCACUUCCACGCUCAUCACCCUCCUCGUGCACACCUCCCAGGGACUGGAAGGGCAGCAGUCUCCUGAACUGUGGCAGCGAAUGAGUGGGAAAUACUCUGGAAACGAGGUGUACAGCAUUGUCUUGGAGCAGAGCAUCUUCUUCGCUGAUUAUGAGGGGAAGAGCUUCACCUAUGCAUCCUUCCACGCCCACAAGAAGUACGGGGUAUGCCUAAUUGGCGUGCGCAGGGAGGACAACAAGAACAUCUGUCUGAACCCGGGACCCCAGUACAUCAUGAGCGCCUCAGACACCUGCUUCUACAUCAACAUCACCAAGGAGGAAAACUCUACCGUCAAGACGAAGCAAGAGAAAGGCAAAAAUAAGUCAUCAUUGGCUGGCUAUCACGGCCCCACUGGACUUCCUGUGCACAGCAUCAUUGCUAGUGUGGGUACCGUAGCAAUAGACCUGCAGGACACCAGCUGCAGGACAGACUGUAGGCCCACGCUGAUGCUGCCCACUGACGAUGCCAAGACGGGGAGCCGAAGGCCGAGCAUUGCCACUGUGCUGGAAGUGGCUGACCCCUCCUGCCUCCAGACAUGUGACCUAUUCACCGACCAAUCAGAGGACGAAACGUCGCCCUCGGAAAACGAAUCGGUUUUUGUUGCAAGCUAUGUGAAAGGAUAUCCUCCAAAUUUGCCUUAUAUUGGAAGCUCCCAGAUGUUCUGCCAUUUACUGAAAGAAAAAGCGCCGUUCUGCUGUCUCUGUCUGGAAAAGGGUUGCAGACAUAACAAUUACCAAGAUGCCAAAGGAUACCACUUCAAAAACAAGGUGAUAAUAGUCUCUGCCGAGACUGCAGGGAAUGGCUUGUACAACUUCAUUGUCCCGCUGAGAGCUUACUUCAGGCCACAGAAAGAGUUGAACCCCAUUGUGCUGCUCUUAGACAAUCAGCCAGACACACAGUUUUUGGAGGCCAUCUGUUGGUUUCCCAUGGUUUACUACAUGGUUGGCUCCAUUGACAACCUGGAUGACCUGCUACGCUGUGGUGUGUCCUUUGCCGUCAACGUGGUGGUGGUGGACAAGGAGAGUACCAUGAGUGCCGAGGAGGACUACAUGGCCGAUGCCAAAACCAUCGUCAACGUCCAAACACUUUUCAGGUUGUUUUCCAGUCUCAGCAUCAUCACGGAGCUCACCCACCCUGCCAAUAUGAGGUUUAUGCAGUUCAGAGCUAAAGACUGUUACUCCUUGGCCCUUUCCAAACUGGAGAAGAAGGAGCGCGAGAAAGGUUCCAAUUUGGCCUUCAUGUUCCGGCUGCCGUUCGCCGCUGGAAAAGUGUUCAGCGUUAGCAUGCUGGACACUCUCCUCUACCAGUCAUUUGUCAAGGACUAUAUGAUUUCCAUAACCAGACUUCUCCUUGGCCUCGACACAACUCCAGGGUCUGGGUUCUUGUGUGCUAUGACGAUUGAAGAAGAUGACCUCUGGAUUAGGACCUAUGGACGGCUCUACCAAAAGCUCUGUUCCUCUAGUGGAGAUAUUCCCAUUGGCAUAUACCGGACAGAAUCCCAGAAUUCACCAAAGUCAGAGGUACACAGCUUUUUUACACUUUUCCCAAAAUCACAGUCCCAGAUUUCUGUGAGCGUGGACGACUUCGACGACACGAAAGAGACCAAGGAGCACGGCGGGGGGCGCGGGAGCCACCGCAGCUCCAUGUCGAGCGACCAGUCGGACAGGCCUCUCCUGAGGAAGAAGAGCAUGCAGUGGGCCCGGAGGCUCAGCCGCAGGGUCCCGCGGGGCCUCAACAGGAGCGGCGAGAAGAUCAACCAGCAGCGCAUGAGCCUGUACCGCCGCUCCGAGAGGCAGGAGCUGGCCGAGCUGGUGAAGAACCGCAUGAAGAACAUCGGGCUGUCCACUGCCGGGUAUGAUGAAAUGAAUGACAACCAGAGCACACACUCAUAUGUUUUAAUCAACCCAACUCCUGACACCAGACUCGAGCUAAAUGACAUUGUGUACAUAAUACGUGCGGACCCUUUGUCAUAUGACUCUACAGACUCAGGGAGCAGGAAAAGCAGCAUGGGGAACUACACAGAGAUUAGUCUGGAGACAAAACAUGAGACCGAACUAUAACUGUAACAUUGAACAACGUAUGCCACAAAGGUUAUUUAUUUAUUUAUUUUUAUUGGAACAUUUGAUCACAACUGUAUCUUAAAAUACAUUUUGCAGUUUUAUCUUUUUUCCCUUGAGUUGUCUUUUAUGUGGAUCGAUGGUAUUUGUUCUCGUUGAAGAGACCACUGAUGCACAGUCAAGAAACUGUUUGGUUCACCUUGCUGUUAAUAAAUCAGCACAUGACCAAAAUUAAAACGGCAAACAAUGCAAGCCCUACCGAUGGAAAGAGAGAGAGAGAGUCUUUUGUUGAAGUGACAGAAGAAUCCCUCUCAAAUGACAAUU